GGCAGACAAACUGUCACCGGAAAUCCGGCAGCGUCUGGGCAGGAUCAGAUCAAGCGCAAUGUACGCUAGGUCGAAGCACCGACAGAUCAUGUGACAACCAUGACAAUCAGGAAACGCACUGUUUCUAUCUGGAGGGCCUUCUUCCCCUCCUCUGGCUCCGUGUUAAAGAACAUUCUUCGCGGCACAUGGCGGCCAGAACACUGUUUCGCAGGGCCGGAGACCAAGUGUGCGACGCUCCUUAGGGGCCGUCGGGAACCGCCGCCUCCCCACGGGAACAAAGCCUGGGGAUGUCAACGUCAGGAAUCCCAAGCCGCCGCCCAGCGGCUUUAUGUCUUGCCCAUUUACUGGACCAACCUGCAUAUCAAGUCGCUCAACGUGCGGCUCGAGCAGCAGUCGCCCAUGAUCUCCCCAGCCCCGGAGCCCGAUCACGCCAGCAUGCCCCCGUUAGCUGCUGCGAAAAAGCUGUGCGCCGAGUUGAGCACCCGUCCCCGCCGAGAAGGUCCGCCCCUUAAAGCAUUUCAUAUCCGGUUUCUUCACGGGCAUGCCUUACAAAGCCAAAACCACGGUAAGCCUCAACCUCCACUUCGGCACCAAGUCCUACGUAAUCCGGGAGAGGACAUCGUUUUCGCAGGAGUCGGGCUGCAGCGAAUUCGGCGCCAGCGGCGGCCGUACCAAAAGCCAGCGCAGCUUCGAUUGGGGCAGACUCUCUCGAGGGGUUCGCGCAACCGAGCCGGCGGCUCCAUCGGGGCCCCGAGGGUAUCUCAUCUAUGCGUGUAUCUUACACCAGAGUGCCUGUCUGGCCCCUCUACGGCUUGAAAGAGCGGCUAGGCGAGGCCCUGGGACCCGAGAUCACAGGCAGUGAGUUCCUCGCAGCUGCCUACGACACAUUCCACACCCUUGAGGAGCCUCCUCUGUACGUAGACCAGGAACGUUGGUACCGCGAAUU